CAACUUACCCAGACCCUCCAUCUCUCUGAGCCCCACUUGGGUCACUGCCCCAGGGACAGACGUCACCAUCCGGUGUCAGGGGCAGCGCCGGGACAUGAGGUUCUUCCUGCACAAGGCUGCAGACCUGAACCCACAGCAACACAUGGACCCUGCUGGGACCAGGGCCGAGUUCCGCAUCCCCACCAUGAGCUGGCAGCAUGGAGGGAACUACAGCUGCAGCUACCGGCCCCGAUCAGAGCCCUUCAUCUCCUCAGAGCCCAGCGACACCGUGGAGCUGGUGGUAACAGAGGGAACUGACCCAACCCAGCCUGGAGCGACGCCGGCUCCCACCCGCCUGGGCAGCGCGGGGCCAGGUACUGGG